UUUCUCUCAAGGUAGGGGAUGCCUGUUGAUAUUUCGGGCCGAGGCCUGAGUUUCUCCAACAUUUCGUGUUUGUUGCUCCAAACAGCGUAGCGCUCAACACAAGUCGCCGUCAACGACCCGGCGAUCAAAUGCGCAGGCGUGAAGCGUGAAGCAAGUUCUCAAAAAUGCGCAUGCGCUCAACGGAAAACGGCUCUGGCGGAUCGGCAGUAGGUAGAAGCAGGGCUGCGGGGCGGAAUCUGUCAGUACUGGUGUCGGCACCGCGGCUGAGGGAAAGCUCCUUUGAGUUCCGGAAAUAUGGUGGCCUCGCAAAUUCGGGACAGUCUCGGUCCUCUCCCUCUUUGUCAGCCCCAUCUCCCUAGUCGGGCUCCACUGAGAUUUCUGCCUAUCUGCAAUGUGGUAGGCGCCAUUACUGCGGCGCAUGCGCAUUACUGGAAGCGUGACGGAUAGAUGGGUAUCUUAUUCGUGGGGAUUUCUGGGUAAAGAGACUGUCGUGGGUGACAUUUUACCGCUUUCCGCACCAGUCCGUAAGGUGUGUUUGGAAGCGCAGGCGGAGGGAAUAUGAGUGGAUGGGUCUCCCAAACACUGCCGAGCUCUAGCGACCGAAUUCCAAAAAUUAGGGACUCGGAACAAAAAUAUCGUUCUUGUUUAAUCUCCGGUGAGGAAUCUUAUCGUCCAGUCACUGAAAUUGCCAAUUAGUGCUGUAUGGAGAAAUAGAACAUAAUCCUUCCAUCAGCUUUAGCACAUAGAAGUGUACUACACAGGAACAGGCCAUUCUGCCCACAUUAUCGUGCUGAACCAGCUAGAAAACAGAUCAGAGUCACCCAAAAUUCCUCCAACAUAUCCCUCCAUCCUCCUUGUAUCUAUGUGCAUCCAAACUUCUCCUAAAAGUCUCUAAUGUAUUUGUGUCUACCACCAUUCUAGGCAGUGCAUUCCAGGCAUGAAUGACUGAGUAAAAAACUUACCCCUCCCACCCCCCCCCCUUAACCGACCCACUCUCACUGUCAAUGCAUGCUCUCAGGUAUUUGACAUUUCAACCCUGGGAAACACAUACCCUCUGUCCAGUCGAUCUAUGCCUCUCAUAAUCUUAUAAACAUGCAUCAAAUCUCCCCUCAGCCUCCAAUGCUUCAGAGAUUUUAAGGAGUGCCCAGAUAUUUCGUCUCUAACAUCAAUAUAUUUAUUGUUGAUCCUUGGAAAUGAAGAAUUAUCUCAUUCCAUUCUGACUGAGAUGAAGUUUUCUGUUGUGACUCAGUGAAAUCCAUGAGAACUGACGUGCUGAGAACACUAGAUCUUCAACUGCAUCAAUUGUACAAGGGAGCCACUAUGUCAGGCAUCUGACUUAAUGUAUUGACAGAAGGGAGAUAUCAUUCUCAUUCUGUCAUGUGGAAGGGAUUCACUCAGUUAUCUGACCAACUGACUCACUGAUCAGUUAACCUUGGGGAAAGGCUCUUCACCUUAGAAGGUGGGAAGGAAUCCAUUCAGUCAUCUGGGGAGAUGCCGUUUACUUGCUCAGACUGUGGGAAGGGAUUUCCACGGUCAUCUCAACUGAAGCUACACCAACGAGUUCACACUAAUAAGAAACCACCUGCUCAGACUGUGGGAAAGGAUUCAAAUCAUCACAUGAGCGAGUUCACACUGGGGAGAGGCUGUUUACCUGCUCAGACUGUGGAAAGGGAUUCACUUUCUCAUCCAACUUACAUAGACAUCAGCGAGUUCACACUGGGGAGAAACCAUUCACCUGCUCAGACUGGGAAGCGAUUCAGUCGUGCAUCUCACCUGCAGGCACAUCAGUCAGUUCACACUGGGGAGCAGUCGUGCACCUGCUCAAAUUGUGGGAAAGGAUUCAUUCGGUUCUAUGAUCUGAAACUACAUCAGCGAGUUCACACUGGGGAGAGGCUAUUCACCUGCUCAGACUGUGGGAAGCGAUUCACUUGUUCAUCUCACCUCUACAGACACCAGCGAGUUCACUCUGGAGAGAGGCCAUUCACGUGUUCCGUGUGUGGGAAAGGGUUUGCUCGGUCAUCCCACCUACAGAGACACCAGUUAACUCACAGUGUGAACAAACCAUUCACCUGCUCAGACUGUGGAAAGGGAUUUUGUCAGUCAUCAGACCUACUGACACACCAGUCGGUUCAUACGGGGGAGUGGUUGUUCAACUGCUCAGAUUGUGGGAAAGGAUUCAUAUCAUCUCAACUGAAAGUACAUCAGCGAGUUCACACUGCGGAGAAGCCGUUCACCUGCUCAGACUGUGGUAAACAAUUCACUCAGUUAUCCAGCCUGCAGACACACUGGCGAGAGGCCGUUCUCCUGCUCUGAAUGUAGGAAGCAAUUCAGUCGGGUAUCUGAACUUCAGAGACACUACCAAAUUCACAAUCUCUUGCCUGGGGAAGAAUAUCCUUGUUGGCCAGAAGGGACUACAGUCUACAAAUUAUUGGAUUUGAAUGAAUCAAGGACAGUGGAAGUAGACAAAAAGAACAACAAUCUACAGAUCAGUGGAUUCAGAUGAAUCAGAACAGAAGUAGCAGACAAUCCAUAUGUCUUUGUUUCCCCCCAUUUUGUGAACUCUGAACUGAUACUUGCUCGGGGAUAAUCUAAUCACAGCAAUUGAAUGUGGACAUAAGGAGUUUCAAAUGAUGACCUGCUGAACCCGAGAUCAUUCUCAGACAAGUAGCUAUUUAUUACAUAAAGUGCCAGACCUACCAAAGAAGCAAUCUGUAAUAACGUGUCUGGGUCACCUCGUUGAACUAGGUUGGACCAGUCAGAGUUGAAAGGCACAAAUGCACAAAGAUGGGGUGCAGAAACCAUGGAACAACAUUGGUUGUAGCCCUGGACUAGAGCCAGUAAUAAGGUGACCAAAGUAGGUCCGGUGACCUUGACCCAAUUGAAUGGAAAUCCAUUCGUUCAACUGAUGAGGGAAAUUGUAAGAGUCUGGAGCUCCAAAUGCAUACUGGUGAUAACUCUCCAGUGUGACAACUCUCCAGUGUGACAUGUCCAUAGUGUCGUUUUCUGUGAGCGUCGCUUUAUGACGUAUGAUGUCAGUAGAAAAAGACGUGUGGACAGAUUGCUGGAGUCUUUCAUUUCAAAGGAAAGUGCGAGAGUCAAGACAGCGGAAUGCAAACAAUCAGGGAACAGCUCGCUACCAAAAAGGGUGAAGUCUGAUACUUAACCAUGACCGAAAGAUUGGGUUAAUCAGCAGCACACUCUGCAUUUUGGAGAGGGGACUGUCACUUCAUAUGAUCCAUAUGUGGAUUCGUUGGAAUAUUUUGUGGCAACCACUUUUGUUAACCCUUACAUGGUUUCAGGUAUGUUAUGUUGUAACAACUUGUGCUAAGAGAUAGUCUGUGACUGUCACCAUGUGAUAUCUCUAUGUGGGUUUCGGAAUGACUCGAUGGAUAAGAUCUUCGGCGACUGUUACUUCGUUUACCCAGCGUGGACCCUUUUGAAGACUUUGUGAUCACCUCUUCGUUGCAUUGUGAAUUUACAAAUUUCUCCUGUCACCUACCUUGUGGAUUACUGGAACUUUCUAAAUUGCCAUUCUCAGACUGUGCUUGAAUCAGACUGAGUAUGAUUUGUUAAGAAGUGUUCAUAAGCUAUACCUCUGGGAGGUAUAGGCACAUAACACUGUUAACUUCUGUUUAAGAAAGUAGUUUGUUUAAUUUUCUAUAUGUUUGAGUUGAUGUUAAUACACAUAGUGGUUUAACAUCAAAACCGGACUCAAUUUAUGAUCUAUUGCUGCUGGUACGUAACAUAAGAUUGGGGGCUUGACCGCAAUUUGAACAAAAUUGGAGCUUAUUGAUUGAUUGAUUAUUAAUCUGAUUGGUUAUUUCCCUUUUGAUUGACUUGUGUGUGGAAACCAGCAGCAAUGGAUAUUGAUGGAUUUCUGGCAUCACCAACCUCUGAGGCAUCAGAGGAAGCCAGAAAGAAAGACGUGUUGGUCAUUGCUAAAAAGCUGGAACUUGCUGCAGUAAAACUGGCUAUGAGAAAGGCAGAGAUUCAGAGGAGAAUAGCUGAGCACUAUGUAUCUAUGAAUGUGUUUGAAGAGAGGGUGUUAGAAUUGUUUUCCUGAAAGUAAAUAAGAUAACCCUGAGCUCCAUUUAUGGCUGGAACAAUUAAAGUUCGAGCUGGAGAAACUUAGAUUGGAGGCUGAGGACAGAGACAGACAAAGGCAGUUUGAAGCUGCAGAAGCAGAAAAAAUAGGAGUUUUGAGCGAGAGAGGCUACAUCUCGUGGGUCCAACAUUUGACUCUGGUGAUAGGUUUGUUACCCGUCGGGAAGUUAAAUUGGUCCCUCCAUUUGAUGAGGCUGAGGUUGAUAAAUACUUUAAGCAUUUUGAGAAAGUUGCUCAGAGACUUUGGUGGCUAAAAGAUGGUUGGCCUCUCCUGUUGCAGAGUGUAAUUAAAGGUAAGGCUCAGCAGGCUUAUUCUGCCCUAUCAGUUGAAGAUGCAGCUGAUUAUGAGACAGUAAAACAGGCUGUGCUUAAAGCCCAUGAACUGGUUCCGGAAGCUUAUAGGCAAAGGUUUAGAAAUUUGAGGAAAUCUGUGAACCAGACUCAUGUGGAACUUGCUUAUGAGAAGUCUGUGUGUUUUGAACGAUGGUGCACAUCUAAAAAUGUGGAUGGUGAUUUCAACAAAUUAAAAGACUUGGUUUUAAUUGAAGAGUUUAAGAGGUGCAUCCAUAAUGACAUAAAGACGUAUUUAGAUGAGAAGGAUGCUGCCACUUUGCAAGAGUCUGCUAAGUUAGCAGAUGAGUUUGCUGUAACCCACGAGUUUAAGUUUACCCCGAGUAAGACCUUCCAAAAAAAUAGCAUGGAUAAUCAGGGUAAAAAAAGAAAUCAAAUCUGGGUCUAGUGACAAAGGUAAGGAUGAAGGGAAGCAAUUAAGGGAGAAACAUUCUGGUCCUACUUGUCACUAUUGUAGGAAACCUGGUCAUGUUAUGGCUAACUGUUUCCUCCUAAAGAAGAAGAAGGAAAAGGAGGCAGAUCCAGAUGCCUGUGUUCAAUGCUUUGAAGCACCUAUAAACCCACAGUUAUCUGGACAUUCUGAUGAAGCUCUGUCAGGGGCUGAGAUGUAUGGCCUAGUUAGAAAAAAAAUAAUUCCUUUUGUGUCAGAGGGAUUUGUUUCAAUAAAUGAAGGGUCAACCCCGGUACCAGUGAAAAUUCUUCGAGAUACUGGGGCUUCACAGUCACUCUUGUUAGACAAUGUUCUAGGGUUUCGUGAUGAGACUGCCACUGGUGAGGUAAAUCUUAUUCAAGGCAUUGGGGAUGACAUUGUUUCUGUACCUCUGCACAAGGUAAUUUUGAAGUCAGAGUUAGUUUCGGGACCUGUUAAGAUAGGAUUACAACCUAGUUUACCAGUGAAGGGUGUUUCUUUGUUGUUAGGGAAUGACCUAGCAGAUGAUAAAGUUGUCCCUGCAGUGCAGCUGACGACUAAGCCAAUCACUGAGGAUCCAAAGAUGGAUUGUAGCAUUUCUCCCUCCUGCGCUAUGGCCAAGAAGCUUGCCAAUGCAUUGUUCUGUGCAGCAUGGUCCUUCUACCCAUGAUAGUCCAAAUUGGGACACAGGUUUUGAUGACUUGUCAGUGACUUUCCUGCCUUCAUUGUUUGAUCAAGAUCCUUGUAUUAGGUCUGAUUAUAAAGAUUUAUCUCUGUCGAGGAAGGAGUUUAUAGCAGAACAGAGCAGAGACCCUGAGAUUGCAGCCUUGAGAGUAAAAGCUCUCUCAGGUGAGGAGAUUGAGAAAGUGGCAGUAGGAUAUUAUAUUAAGAAUGGAGUGUUAAUGAGGAAGUGGAGACCACCUGAUAUUCCUGCAAGUGAGGAAUGGGCAAUUGUUCACUAGGUUGUAGUUGCUAAAGUCUAUAGGAAUGAAAUUUUAACUUUGGCCCAUAGUAUGCCCUUGGGGAGCCAUCUUGGUGUGAAUAAAACUGUGGGUAAGGUAUUUAAACAAUUCUUCUGGCCUGGUUUGAGGAAGGAUGUUGCGACAUUUUGCUGAACUUGUCACAUUUGUCAGGUUGUGGGUAAACCUAAUCAGGUCACCCCAGUGGCCCCACUGCAGCCUAUUCCUGCAUUUGGUGAACCCUUUUCUAAAGUUAUUGUGGAUUGUGUUGGCCCAUUGCUCAAGACUAGAGCUGGCUAUCAGUAUUUGCUAACCAUCAUGUGUACAGCAUCUAGAUUUCCGAAGCGAUGCCCCUCAGGAAGAGAAAAGCUCAAAUAGUGUCGAAGGCUCUCAUAAAGUUUUUCAUCCUAUCUGGUUUGCCUAAAGAAAUCCAGUCUGAUCAAGGAAGUAAUUUUAUGUCAGGAUUACUCCAGCAGGUAGUUUACGAACUGGGAGCAAAACAAAUUACAUCAUCUGUGUACCAUCCAGAAUCCCAAGGGGCCUUAGAAAGAUUCCAUUCUACCCCCCAGACCAUGAUUAGGAUAUUCUGUAUCGAAAAUGAGAAGGAUUGAGAUGAGGGAGUUCAUUUGCUUCUAUUUGCAGUAAGGGAGUCAGUGCAAGAGUCCAUAGGCUUUAGCCCCUUUGAACUAGUGUUUGGGCACCAGGUCUGAGGCCCUUUGGCAUUAUUAAAAGAGCAGUGGAUUAACAAUGACCUGCAUAUUAAUUUGCUGCAUUAUGUUUUAAAAUUUAAGGACAGAUUGCAAAGGGUUUCUAAUUUAGCAAGGGAAAUUUUUAAAUCAGCCCAGGAAAAAAUGAAAACUUGAUAUGAUAAGGAAGCCCAAAUGAGGUCAUUAAAGCCGUGAGAUACAGUGCUUGUUUUGUUCCUUGUGCAGACAAACCCUCCACAAGCUAAGUUUCAUGGUCCCUGUGAAAUUGUGUCUGAAGUUAAUGAUGUGGACAAUGUAGUCAAAACACCAGAUAGACGAAAGCCAACGCAGCUUUGUUACGUAAACAUGCUUAAGUUGUAACAUGAGAAACAGACAGCAGCUGUGACUGUUGUUAAUAACAAUGCAUCUGACCUCUCUGGGAAUUUACUAGCUGAUCCAUCCGAGGCCUAUUUUAAACCAAACAUUAUUUCAGCCAGAUUGACAAAUUUGACUAUUUUGGAAAAUAUUGAUGAGAAACUGGCUCAUUUACAACCCCAGCAGCAAAUGAUGCAGUUGAUCAUGAAAUUUAGGGAUUUGUUCCCUGAUGUUCCAAAAAGAAAAACAGUAGCCUCACAUCAUGUAGAAGUUGGUGAUGCCAGACCUAUAAAAUAGCAUCUGUAUCGCAUGAAUAUUGAAAAAUAUAGACUUGCUGAACAAGAAAUUGAGUAUAUGUUAGAAAAUGAUAUUAUAAAGACAUUCUCUUCGGAUUGGAGUUCAUCUUGUGUCAUGGUACCUAAACCAGAUGGUAGUAUCAGGUUUUGCACUGAUUACACAAAGGUGAAUGCUAUAACGAAAACAGAUGCUUAUCCAAUCCCUGGAGCGCAUGAUUGUGUAAAGCUAAGUUUCUUUUAUAAAAAAAAACAACGAUCUGUUAAAACAAUAUUGGUGUGUUCCAUUAACAGAUAGAGGCAGAAAAAGUUCUGCAUUUGUAAUGCCUUCUGAUUUGUAUGAAUAUAAUGAUCUGCCAUUUGGAAUGAAAAAUGCUCCAGGAACAUUCCAGAGAAUUAUUAAUUCUGUAAUUCAAGGGUUGGAACACACAGAUGCCUAUAUUGAUGAUUUGGUUACAGGGAAUGACACCUGGGAAGCCCAUAUCUCUGUAGUGGAAAAGCUGUUUGAAAGGCUCUCGAAAGCCAACCUUACAGUUAACUUAGCUAAGAGUGAAUUUGGCCAUGUUCCUGUGACCUGUCUUGGUUAUGUUGUAGGUCAAGGCAGGUUGGCUCCUGUUCAGGCAAUUUCUGAGGUUCCCAUUCUAACUGGCAAAAGGGGUCUUAGAAGAUUUCUGAGAAUGGUCAGCUAUUAUCGCAAGUUCUGCAAGAACUUUGCUGAUAUUUCCCUCCCAUUGACUAACCUCCUGAAGAAGGGUGAAAAUUUGUUUGGACAGAGCCUUGUCAGGAGUCAUUUGAUAAAUUGAAAGCCAUCUUAUGUCACCAAUCUGUGCUCAGGUCACCUGACUUUGUAAUGCCAUUUUCCAUAGCUGUAGAUAUUGAUGA